AUGAGUACAUCUUGGAUCUGUAGCUUUUUGUUUGGCUUCUUUCUCAUCUUGUCAUUCAUCGCUUCUCAACCUGAUAACCUUCAGGGUACAACAAAUCUUUCAACAACAUGGACCAACAACGAACCAUGUAUCCCUUCCAUCAAUUACCCAGAUGGCUCAAGGAUCAGAGUCGUCCUUGAAGAAGGUGGAAGUUUUGUGCUGUUUCUUAUUUUGGUCGUUGGUUUUACUACGUUCAUACUUCAAAAGAAAAAAAGGGGUCGUGAAAUGGAAGAAGAGCAUCUAGAUCAAGUGACAGGAAUGCCCACUCGGUUUUCCUAUCAAGAAUUGAAAACAGCCACAGAUAAUUUCAGUAAAAAGCUUGGUCAAGGAGGAUUUGGAUCAGUUUUCCAAGGGACUCUUGAAGAUGGCUCGCAGAUUGCUGUAAAAUGUCUUCAAGGUCUUGGACACGUUAAGAAAUCAUUCUUGGCUGAGGUUGAGUCCAUUGGCAGCAUUCACCAUGUGAAUCUACUUCUCAUAUGCAGAGUGCAGGAAACAACUGUUGAACAUGAGAAAAGAUCGAAACUCUAUCAGGGCCAAGAAAAAAUGAAGUGCAAGUUAUGA